AUGGGGACAAAGACGUCAGGAGCAGACUCCAAAGCUACUAAAGAUACACUGCUGGAGGACUCCUGGUCUUCGCUAGUCAGCUGGGAGGACGUCCCAAAAUGGCUGCAGGACAACGCCCACAUACAUUCAUCGUAUCGGAAGGCGUCCAACAGCUACAAACGCUCAUUCGCCAGCAUCUUCCAUGUACAUAACGAGACUGUCAACAUCUGGACCCAUCUAGUACCAGGUCUGAUCAGUCUUCCCUCCGGGUGGGCCCUCUACUCAGUCCUGAAGCCUCGAUACGAUCGAGCAACCACAGCAGACGUUGUGGCUAUGGGCUGCUUUUUCGCAGGGGCCGCCUUGUGUCUGGGAAUGAGUGCCACUUAUCAUACUGUAUCGAACCACUCUCCCAAAGUUGCCAGGUUCUGGAAUCAGCUUGACUAUGCCGGGAUUGCCAUGCUCAUCACAGGCAGCUUCGUGCCGAGCGUGUACUAUGGCUUCUUCUGUGACGCGUUCAAGCAGCGACUGUACUGGACCAUGAUUUGCUCGCUGGGCGUAGCCUGCACUGCAGUAUCUGUAAUGUCCCGCUUCCGAACGCCUGCUUGGAGGCCUAUCAGAGCAGGCAUGUUCGUUUGCAUGGGUCUGAGUGCUGUCAUUCCGGUAAUUGACGGGCUGCUGUCAUAUGGCUUUCAUCAGAUGCGACUCCAGAUAGGUCUGUCCUGGCUGGUGACUCAAGGCGUGUUGUAUGUGCUAGGCGCCGGGCUGUACGCGGUAUGCCUCCUAUACACAGAUAGCGACUACACAUGCUGA